AUGGACGACCCGUCUAAGAGAGGUUUGAAGCUUGAUGUCCCUACUGCCCCACACCAAGAACCGAGUCAAAUGGAGAAAGCGAUGCACACAACUCAAAAACCUACUGGGCCUCCAGGACCACCUGGUGGAUGGCUAUACACCAGAAUGUCAAGGCAACAAGAAAUACUUUUCAACAUUAUGAUCGCGUUUCUCCAGAUCAUCCCACAGUCGACGUUGACGACAGUGUUUCCCAUCAGUCGAUACAUCGCCCAAUCAUUUGCGAUCCAGAACCAUUUGAUCUUACCUUGGCUGGUAGCGGCGUAUGCAUUGUCAUUUGGAACUUUCAUCCUCAUCGGUGGGCGUCUAGGAGACAUCUUCGGCCAUAAGUCUAUGGUGGUCGUUGGCUAUUGUUUCAUGAGCUUCUGGAGUGUCGUUGCCGGUCUCAGCCACUAUGCGGGAUUCCCUGUCUUCUUUGUCGCUCGAGGAUUCCAGGGUGUCGCAGCGAGUCUCAUGGUCCCCAAUGGACUUGCUUUGCUUGGACGAACCUACCCACCAGGUUCAAAGGAAAAGAUUUUCUCCUUCACCAUGUUUGGCCUCUUUGCUCCCGUUGGGGCUUACCUUGGUAUGCUUUUCGGUGCCUUAUUCUCCGAACAUUCCGCAUGGUGGUGGGGCUUUUACACUCUUGCCAUCAUCUCGAUUAUGCUGGCAGUAACAGCUCAGGUUGUCCUCAUUUCACCGCCUCUAACACCUAAACAGAUACGGCCCACAAAGGAGAAGCUACAAGACAUGGACUGGCUUGGAGCAGUGACCGGUGUUGGCGGCUUAAUCUGUGUACAGAUAGCUCUUGUUUCUGCCCCGGCUGCAGGCUGGAGCACGCAGUACAUUUACAUGCUUCUCAUCAUGGGACUACUCCUAAUUGCAUUCUUCGUCAUUGUUGAAAUCAAAGUGGCUGAACAACCACUGGUACCUUUCAAGAUGCUGAAAGCGGAUGUUGGAUUUGUCCUUGGAGCGGUCGCUUGUGGCUGGGCGUCUUUUGGUAUCUGGACCUGGUUUCUCUGGAAAUACCUACUUGGUAUCAAAAACGACACUCCACUCCAUGCUGCGCUGCAUGUCCUUCCCAUAGUACCAGUUGCCCUGGUCGCUUCGGUCCUGACAGCAUGGAUGAUGCGGAAGUGUCGGCCCGCUUGGACUCUUUUCUGGGCACUGAUUGCAUUUACACUGGGCCCGUUGCUGCUGGCUAUCGAUUCCAAUAUUGACAGAACGAGCUAUUGGACUUGGACUUUCAUCAGCUUGUUAGUCAUGCCUUUCGGUAUGGACAUGUCAUUCCCAGCUGCGACACUGAUCAUGUCCAACUUCUUUCCUCCACACAUGCAGGGGGUGGCUGGUAGUCUCAUCAGCACAACAGUGAACUACUCCAUCUCGUUAGGACUUGGUCUCGCAGCCACGGUUGAAGUUCAGGUGGCAAACCAGAGAGACAACGGGAUGUCUGGAAUACGUGGAGGGUGGUUCAUGGGUGUUGGGUUAGGAGCCCUUGGCACUCUAGUGUGCGUCGUCUUUGUGGUGAAGUCCAUCUAUCGUCCAUCCUCACCUCUUCCCAGAGCCCCACCUGGAGGAUUUGGCGCGCAGAUGGCUCAAGCAACACCUCCAGGCCGCGCUCUUGAAUUACAGCCGCGUAAAGAUAGCGAUUCCAACAUCCUCAGCCCAUCCUCGACAAUCGUCCCUGAUAGCGCCGGGGCUUUCAGCCCUAAACAGUGGGAAAAUGGCUUCUUCAAAAAGUUCCAAUUCGAAUCGUCACCCACUUUGUCCGUCCCAACCUCACCACAGAUGCGACGUUCCAACGAUUCCGACCACAGUCCCGAUGCGAUGUCGAAGACGAAACAGCAAAAAGCAUUCAACCGGGCCAAAUACCCUCGCAAGUCUAGCAUCCAAAAGAACAGCCACUCUCGUAACGAGAGCACCCAACACAUCAUCUCGCAUUCCCGCUCGACGUCACGAUCAAAAGUCUGUAUCCCUUACUCCCCUCCAAGCCCACCAAGCCCAUCCGAUCCUUCCAUGCGCCUCCCUCUACAGCCACCCGCAGCUCUGUACCGCACCCGAGAAAGUUUCGAGAGCGUGGAUUUCGACAUCCAUGGUCCCCCAAAAGAUCAAGAUCCCUGGCUGUACCGCGGCACCCACAACAGGCCAGAAAGACCCGCAAUGUAUGGGUACGCGUUUGGAUCCGGAUCGGAGGCCCACGGGAACGAAUGUGGCUUGAGAGGGGUUAGAGAUCUGGACGGCUUUAGGCUUGAUGCGAGCCCCGUGGUGCCUCGUGCGAUGUUGGGUGACAAAUUCUGA